AUGCAGUCCAUGGCUUUUAAGAGGGUGGCGGCCACCAGCGUCCGCUCGGUGCAGCAGCGUACUCUGGCCACCGCCUCGCUGGCCGCCUUCAAGACGCCCCAGGUCGCCAACGAGCCCAACCACAUCUACGCCAAGGGCAGCCAGCAGCGCUCUGGUCUCACCGCCGCCAUCGAAAAGUACCAAAAGUCCAUGCCGUACACCGUGCCCGUCGUGGUUGGUGGAUCGGAGGUCACCUCAUCCUCCCUCUCGAAGCAGGUCAACCCGUCUGACCAUGGUGAGACCGUGGCUUCCUACCACACGGCCACCAACGCCGACGUGAACAAGGCCAUCGACGCCGCCCUCGCCGCCAAGCCCGCCUGGGAGUCGCUGCCCUUUGCCGACCGCGCGGCCGUCUUCCUCAAGGCUGCCGACCUCGUGUCGACCAAGUACCGCUACGAGAUCAUGGCGGCGACCAUGCUCGGCCAGGGCAAGAACGCCUGGCAGGCCGAAAUUGAUGCCGCCGCCGAGUUGGCCGACUUCUUCCGCUUCAACGUCGCUUACGCCGAGGAGCUCUACGCCCAGCAGCCCCAGCACAACGCCUCGGGCGUCUGGAACAGGCUCGAGUACCGGGCCCUCGAGGGCUUCGUGUACGCCGUCAGCCCUUUCAACUUCACCGCCAUUGCCGGUAACCUGCCUGGCGCCCCUGCCCUCAUGGGCAACGUCGUCGUCUGGAAGCCCAGCGACUACGCCAUCGCAUCCAACUGGCUGGUGUACCAGAUCCUGCUCGAGGCUGGCCUGCCCAAGGACGUGAUCCAGUUCGUCCCCGGCAACCCCGAGGAGAUCACCAAGGUCGCCCUCGGCCACAAGGAGUUUGCUGCCCUCCACUACACCGGCAGCACGGCCGUGUUCCGCAAGCUGUACGGUGCCAUUGGGCAGGGUGUCGCCGAGGGCCGCUACCGCUCGUACCCCCGCAUCGUCGGUGAGACGGGCGGCAAGAACUUCCAUCUCAUCCACCCCUCUGCCGACAUUGACAAUGCCGUCAUCAACACCGUCCGCGGCGCCUUUGAGUUCCAGGGCCAGAAGUGCAGCGCCACUUCGCGCCUGUACGUGCCCAAGUCCAAGUGGCCCGAGUUCAAAGAGAAGCUCGUCGCCCACAUUGAGCCUCUGGCGCAGGGCGCGCCGUCGGACCACAGCAACUUCCUCGGCCCCGUCAUCCACGAGGCGUCCUUCAAGAAGCUGUCUGGCGCCAUUGACGAGGCCAAGAAUGACAAGGAGCUCACCCUCGUGACUGGUGGAAGCUACGACUCCUCCAAGGGCUACUUUGUCAAGCCCACCGUGUACGAGACCACCAACCCCGCCCACAAGUUCCUCAGCACCGAGUUCUUCGGUCCCAUCCUGACCACCUACGUCUACGACGACAGCACCCCGCAGGGCUUCGAGAAGGCCAUGGAGCUCGUCGACUCGACCUCGGAGUACGGUCUCACCGGCGCCGUGUUCGCCAAGGACCGCGACAUCAUCCGUCUCGCCGAGGAGAAGCUCCGCAACGCCGCUGGCAACUUCUACGUCAACUGCAAGAGCACCGGCGCCGUCGUCGGCCAGCAGCCAUUUGGCGGUGCCCGUGCUAGCGGUACCGACGACAAGGCCGGGUCCAGCAACCUCAUGACGCGCUUCGUCAACAUGCGCGCCAUCAAGGAGGAGUUUGUCCCGCUGUCGCAGGUCACCUACCCCAGCAACGAGGCGUGA